AUGAGCGAUUCAAAAUCGGCCACAGGCGUCACCGACGUGCACCAUGAGGGCGAUAUACCCGAUGAGAAGGACCCCAAGGUCCUGGCCAAUGCGGAUCUCAUGAAUGAUGCCUUUGACGGCGAGAACCGCGAACAUGAGAUGGGUGCUUGGGAGGCGUUUAAGAGCCAUCCAUGGGCCUGCUUGUGGGCUUUCAUCAUGUGCUUCACUAUUGUCAUGGAAUCAUUCGACAUGUUCCUCAACACCAACUUUGUCGCUCUUACCGCUUUUCAAAAAAACUUUGGCGUCCCCGUCAAAGGAACUUCCGAUUAUUCUAUCCCGACACGGUGGCAGAGCGCUCUCUUCCAGUCUGGUCAGUGUGGUGCCUUUGUUGGUGUCUUCAUGGCCGGUCCCAUCACCAAUCGGCUGGGCUACCGCUGGACAACCAUCUUGGCUCUCGUGCUGAUGAACGCCACUAUCUUCAUCUCCUUCUUUGCGGACUCUCUUACCGUCCUCGUCAUCGGCCAAGCUUUUGAGGGUGUACCCUGGGGUCUCUUCAUCGCAAACUCCCCUGCCUAUGCUAGCGAGAUCGUUCCUCUCGUCCUCCGAGGCGCCUGCACAGCGACACUGCAAAUGAGCUGGUCUAUCGGGUCUAUCAUCGUCGCUGCAGUCACGUAUGUCUACAACAGGAAGUCCGGCCAGUGGGCUUACCGCCUGCCUCUGGCCUUGCAGUGGAUGUUCCCGACCCCUCUCUUGGUUCUCGUCUUUCUGUCGCCCGAAUCUCCCUGGUGGCUCAUUCGCCGUGGCCGUAAGAAGGAGGCUCUCCGUUCGAUUGAGCGCCUCGGCGACAGGGCCGGACAGAACGCUCAACAGACGCUGGCGAUGAUGGAGCGUACCGUCGAGAUCGAAGCGCAGAUAGGCGGAUCCCCGACGCUGCUUGAUCUCUUUAAAGGCACCGAUUUGCGGCGGACAAUUAUCACGUGCUUGAUGUAUGCAUCGCAGAACUUUGCUGGUAACCUGAUUGCAAAUCAGGCCACCUUCUUCUUUGAGCAAGCCGGAAUUUCGCCCGAGAAAGCCUUCCAGCUUAACCUGAUCAAUUCGUGCCUUCAGUUUGUCGCCAACGUCUGCUCCUGGUUCCUGGCUUCCUGGUUUGGCCGCAGGACCAUCUAUCUCUGGGGCACAGCCACCAACAUCACGCUGCUCUUUAUCCUCGGAAUUUGCGCAUCGGUCGAGCAGAACCACAAGACCAAUCUUGCCCAGGCCUGUUUGGGUGUGGUCAUCUCGUUUGUCUUUGCCGGUUCGCUGGGACCGAUCUCGUACACUAUCAUUUCCGAGACAUCAUCCGUCCGUCUUCGGGCCCUGAGCACGGGCGUCGGUCGUGCUGCCUACUAUGUUGCAGAGAUCCCGAUGAUCUACCUGGCCUCGAAGCUGCUCAACACGACGGGCUGGAACCUUGCGGGCAAGUGCGGCUACGUCUGGGGAAGCACGGCUUGCGUCUGCUGGGUCAUGGCCUACUUCUUCCUUCCCGAGCUCAAGGGCCGCUCCUACCGCGAGAUCGACAUCCUGUUCAACCGCAGGCUCCCUGCCAGGAAGUUCAAGUCUGUCGUCAUCGACGUCCAGGACAACCAUUAG